AUGGAGACUUACCAUCGCAAACGAUCAAAAAGAGCCCCCAUUAGCGCUAACCAUGAGAUAAUGAGCUUGAAAAGGCAAGAAACAAGCAGCGUACUAGACGGCGGACCAACACAAAUAUCACCUUUGGCCAGACAACUUCUGCUUGAUAGCAACGAUGAAGUCCCAGAUGAAGAUGUUGAACUAGGCUCAGUUUACGAGAUAUACCACAAAAACCUUCCUCCGAGAACCCCUCUUCAGCUGCGGUCCACUCGUGUUGUCAUGGUAAGUGAGAAGACAGACAUGAAUGUUGCUAUUAGGUAUCCGAGCAUUCUGUCAUUGCGCACUUAUUUUAGCAAUGGAAUAUCGGAGAUGUACCCGGCCUUAGAUGAGAAGUUUGUGAUGGGAAUAAAGCUUGCCGGCAAAGUGCUUUUACGGCAAGUCCCGUCUCAAGAAUUCGCAGAGAAGAAGCAUUUGGAGGAUUUCUGGCUGGUGAACCCUAGCUCUCAAGUUAUGAAUAAUGACAUUGGAUUGGCGAGAGAACUGAAGAAGAAUGAGAUGGUAAGAUGGGGUGUAAGAAGGCAAGUAGUGUUUAUUGGGAGACACAAAGAAAUGAGCAAAACCCAAUCUUCUUCAAGCUUCGUUAAAGGUGAAGAAGAAGUGAAAGAUGAACAAGAAAUCAACGAUGAUGAAUUUGAAGAGGAGGAAGAAGUUGAUGACCAAGAGGAGAAGGAUGAUGAAGCUGAGGCUGAAGAAGGAACCCAAGAUGAUAAUCUUAAAAGAAAGCUGAAAACUACCAGAAAUUUGAGAAAAAGAAAGCGGGUUAAACAAGUGAACCAAUUAUGGCAAGUAAAUAAAAAGCCUCUGAAGAAAUGCAAAAAAUUAGCACUCAGAGAUCCCACAGAUAGAUGGUCAAAGGAGAGGUACAUGGCUGCGGAGCAAAGUCUUCUAGAAGCGAUGAAGGAAAAAGAAGCAAUGAUCGGCAACCCAAUUACAAGGCCGGCGCUUAGAGUUGAAGCACGUAAGAGGAUAGGUGACACUGGGCUCUUAGACCACCUGCUGAAGCAUGUGGCAAACAAGGUGGCUCCUGGUGGGCAAUUACGGUUCCGGCGGUCGCAUAAUGCUGAUGGUGCUAUGGAAUACUGGCUGGAAAGUGCUGAUCUUCUUAAAAUCAGGAAGGACGCUGGAGUGAAUGACCCUUUCUGGACCCCACCACCUGGUUGGAAGCCCGGCGAUUCUCCUAUCCAGGAUCCCAUUACGGCAAAAGAACUCAAUCAUCUGAAACAAGAAAUUUUAAAUAUUAAAAGGGAGUUUUUAUCCAAGAUGCAAUAUGAGGAAGAAGUGGCAAGACUGAGAAGAGAGAUCGAGGAGUUAAGUUGGAGGAAUAAGCAAGUUCAAAUGAGUCAUCAAGCUCCUGAACGCGUUGACACCAGUCCAAAGCAACUGGUCGAUCUUAGAAAUUCUUUGCUUCCUAACUCGGAAUCUGAUCAUGUAGAUUACUCAAGGGAAAAAUUCAUGAAACAAAUGUUGGUCAUUUCAGAUUUCCUAAAGAAGGUAGAGGCAUGGAUGGAGAGAGAGGGUGGUAAGGAGACAAGCAGAAGCGCAGAAUUAAUUACGGUGACAGCGACGUCCUCCGAUGGUGAAAAAAGUUCAGAACAGCCAAAACAGGAUGAUAUCAAGGAAUUAGCUGAGGUGGAGACAUGUGGAGGGAAAUCAGCAGCUGAGGAAAAAGCAGCCAAGAUAGAGAGGCUUAAGAGCGGGUUCAGACUUUGCAGGCCACAGGGUACUUUCUUGUGGCCAAACAUGGUGAUGAAGAACCCCACCACCACCACCUCUUGUACUACGAGUACGUCUUCUCAGGUUGUGGUUCAUCAGGUUGAGGUGGUCCCAACUCCACCUUCUGUCAAUUCUUCCUCCUAUCUCCACCUUAACCACCAGCUUGCCUCACCUCCGGUGAAGCCUGUGCCGGAGAGACGGUCAGUCAGCGUCACUCAUAAUAAUACGACAGGCCUCAUCAACCUCAAUGACAUCCCCUGCACAAACCCAUCUUCGACUUCACAACCAGAGUCAGAGACUAGUUGUCGUCAUUUGGAGGUGAUGAAGAGUGAAACAUGGGAAGCAGCAUACAAGAAGAGCCAUGAACAGAAAAGGAUAAUCACCUCAUCCUCUUCAUCAUGCUUCUCCAACACUACUCCAGCUUGGCUAGCACCUGACUCUGCUCAACAAUGGCUCUAA